ACAGGAAAAAUUCUUCUUAUUGCCCUUGCUGUGACUGGUUUUGUAGUGUUAGUAGCUUUGAUUUGCUUCGUUUACUGUUGCUGCUGUCGAAGAAAAAGAAAUAGUAGGUAAGGGGCAGAAUUUUCAGGGCCAAAUCAUUUAUUUUUUUUCUUUCCUUUUUAAGAAAGGUCGACUGCCCCCUUCCCAGACGUCUCCCUGGCGUUGUAAAUUUGCGCGCAAGGGAAGGCGGGAAGGCGAAAAGGCGAAAACGCGCGAGUCGACAACUUCCAGUUACUCGUUCGCCUUUGAUCGCGACCAAAAUGCGGAAAACGAAGCGCCCAAGGGGAAGUCCUGUCCGCCGCUUUUUAACUUCUUGUUAACAGCCCAAAGCUAGGCAAAUUCUCAGUUCAGGGAGAUGCGAUGUUCUCGAGCCAGCGUCGGACGUAACUGUUAUCAGCUGCAAACUGCUCUCAACUUUUAGCCCAGUCCAACCGGCUCUUCAUUUCAACACUGACGAAAAGUAGCUUAGGUACAUCAGGAGCCCAUAACCCGAAAUACUUAGCUUAUGCAAAAGAGUUUUGGCAGACCCGUUCAUUUUAGCAUCAUUUUUUAGUUUUUAUUUUUUUUCCCGCGAAAAUACAAGCACGUUACGUAUGCCUGCGCAUCCACAGUACGAUAAUAAAAAAAAGAAAACGUAAAUGCAUUUAAAAAAAAAGAAAUGCUAUUUUCUUGUCUCCGGUUUUUGUUGACGUAUUUGUAAGACUUAUUAACUAGUCAAAAUUGUUGGAAAAAUUAUCUAAAACUUGGUCUGGAAAUCGCCGUGGUAUGGGUACAUGUACCACACUCCUAGUUACAUGUAUAUUUGUUCAUGAAUCACAUUGAACGACCUUGUCAAUACUCACCUUCAUCUCUCAAGCCUAAAUCGACCAUUUUUGGGGUCCGUGAAUCGAGAUGUAUGAUAUACUGGAAAACUGUUCUGUGAAUCAGUGAUUGAAGUGCACUCCGUGAUACCUGAACUGCCAAAAUCCUCGAAUGUUUCGACUUGGACAUUGAAGAUCAAUCGAAUAAAAAAAAAUCAUAUAAUUUGGUCAAACGGCCUUAACUACCAUCUGGUGGCUUGACUUAACUUCACUUUCGAGUCUUUUGAUGUAAAUUCACACGUCAGUGCGAUCAGACCCACCUACUGGCUUCCUUAGGGAAUUUAUAGCAGCACAGUGCUUCCUUUCUAAAAUAAAUAUAAGCGAAGCACUCUGUUUUACAAAUUGGGGCUAACGUGACAUUUGACAUUUUGUACAACCUCUGUUUUUAAGAAGCGUGAAAACGUAAGUAUUUGUUUUGUGACUCGUGAAAGCCAAAAUUCUUAUUCGUGAACUCGUGAUGAGAACCCCCACCCCUCCCCUCUUGCUCCUCUCUACAUCAGUGUGCUGAAGUUUUCCACUUACAUUGUUUGUUAAUGUGAAAAAUACGAUCUCAUGAAAUAUUUGUUUCAACCCAGUAAAGAUGAAAAGGAAGAUGCUAAGUUACGUAAGCAGCGAAAGGACUUGAGGGAAAGACAUAAAGAACGGUAUGCGUAUGCUCAAAAAAAUGCUGAUAAGAUUAAUUAGAAUAUGAUCGAUUUAAAAAUGUAAAUGUGUGGAAUUACACUUAACUGCUGUACAGACAUUUUAGUCAAAUAGUUUCAAACAGUAAUUUAGCUUAUAAUAUUAUUACAAAACCCAACUGGCAGGAGAUAAACCAGGUGGUUAUUUUUCACUGCAUGGUCGAGAAAGCAAACUCGAGACCACCGGGAAACGAAUCCAGCCAGCGACACUCGAACUCGAUGAGGAUCUCCCAAUUCCCCACUCCAGAAACAAUAGGAGAAAUUUGUAAAAGCUUUUUGGGCAACGAUUUCUGAGAUAGUUUGGGUGGACAACGGUUACUUAUGAUUGGUUAAUGGUGACGACCACAAAUAUCAACGACCACUCAUAACUGACUUUUGCCCACCUAAAUGAUCCCAGAAAUCACCGCUCUCAAAGCUUGUACCCAUUCCCUUCAGAGUCUUUGAAGUAGGGAAUUGCUCGUCCUAAGCUCUUGCCAUUCGGCCACGGCCAAAACGUUUUACGCGUGUGCAGAGGUUGUUGUUGUUGUUGUUUUUGUUGCUGUUUCUUAUCAACUGCUAUAUUGCUAUUGGUUUUUGGCGUUCUCAUUAGCGUCGCCGUCGCCUUCGAUAUAAACUUUUAUCAAUAAAUUUAUUCCAGUAGUUAACCAUUGGUCCAUUCAAGUAAAUUCACCAUAUCGCGAUGAAUUCGAUUAGAAGGAGUUAAUAGGGAAAAAUACAUAGGAAACAGGACUUUGAAGCACAUCGCUGCCCUCCGCAAGCGCGCUAGAGGGAGGUACUGGAAAGGACUUCUUUUAUUAACCAAGCCACUGCGAGCGACUUUACACGAGAGAACAACGCUGAUCUUUUAUAUAAUACCUUUUCGUUAUAUCAACAGAUAUAAACUAAAGAAUAUUUUAAAAUUAUGUUUAAUUCUCUUCAUAUCUUUUUACACUACAGUAAAUAAACUAGUUGUUAUUUUAAAUUCCAAGAUAGAACAAAAGGUCAAACAGUUGUGUCAGGAUUCACCGCCGCUGAAUGACUUAAAGAAUCACACUUUAUAUUUUUUUCCCGAGGAUGUGAAUACAUUUUAAUUCUCUGUAAUUACCUCAGAUACUCGGUCAUUUAGUGAUACUCGCGUCUCAUUUAGUGAUUUCCUCCUGUCUAUUACAGCGAAAAAGAAAGACGCGAAAAGCGUGAUGAGACCAGAAAGAAGUAUGGUAAGUAG